UGCGGUUGCCAGGCAGCUUUCUGGCAGCUGCGGCAGGAAAGUUUCCGCGGGGAGCAGAGCGGAGCGGGCGCUGUCCCGGCGCCUCGCCAUGACCCUCAAGCAGCGGAAGGCGGGCAGAGGGCGAGCGGAGGAGAGCCCGGGGCCGCCCGCGGGUCCCUGCCGGUCGGAGGGCAGCCUCAGCCUCAGCCCGCCGGGGGCGCCCGGGGCGGGCCGCGGCCGGGGCCGGCUGGUGCUGGGGCUGCUGCUGCUGGGGGCGGCGGCCAUGGGGCUGGCGCUGCUGGGCUGGCUGCUGGCGCACCAGCUGCGGAGCCUGCAGCACCUGGGCGCCGCCGUGCAGCGGCUGCGGGGCCGCCUGCAGGAGCUGGAGGCGCUGGAGGAGCGCGUGGAGGGGGCGAGGCAGCAGCUGUUGAACACAGAAGAGCUGGAGCAGCGACUGUCCUCUUUGGAGCUGGCUCAGAUGUUGUCCAAACAGAAGCUGGAGCGAGCCUUUGCUAUGGCUGAACGUAUCACGACCUCUGAUCCCAUCAGCAAGCUGUCAGCCUUUCAGGCCGAAGUAAAGCAGGCCAUCGGUGAACUGAGAGGAGAUCUCCCCUCCAGGGCUGACCUGGCUGCAGUACAGAGCCAGUUGAAGCAUCUGCAAGCAACAGAGCUGGAGGCACUGAAGCAGGGAAUGGACUGGGUUUGGUCCUCGGGCCCUGUGCUGGAGCAAAGUGUGGCAUCCCUGGGCAGCUCCCUCACCAGCAACCAGAGGAGAAUGGAAGAGAAUGCCCUCAGCCUGGAGGCCCUCCAGCAAAAAGCAGAGCACACCCAGGUGGCUGAGGAAAGGCUGGAAAAGGACAUUGAUUCCUUGUUUGCCAGGACCUCCGCCUUGGAGCACAGCUUCAACCGUAGUAUGGUGCUUACACAGAGUUUGCAGCUGCAGGUGGAGGAGAGCAGCAAGCAGUUGGCUGGGAUGAAGGAGACGGUGGCAAACCAGAGCGGGGCCAGCAACCCAGGGUCUCAGCAACUGGAGAACAUCUGGGCGCAGAUCCAGCAGCUGCAGGAAGAGAAGGCUGCCAUGCAGGAACGAGUGAGCAAUGCACUGCACAGCAUCACUGACCAGAGGAGAGAGCUGAAGGGCAGGACCUCCAAGCUGAAAGCAGCUCUUGAUACUCUUCAGGGCCAUGUGACACAAGUGGAGCUGGGCACAGCCAAUCUGAAUGCACAGCUGACUGCUGCUGUAGAGCAGCAGCUGCAGGGUCUGAAGCUUAGCAUGGACAAGCUGGAGAGCAGCCUGGGGACCAGAUUCCAGCAAUGUCUCUCCGGAGAAGUGCGGACCCACUGCGAGAUGGAGGACGGCUGUGGGUGGCCACACCUGCGUGAGGUCAGCUUUCCCCGCCGUGUUCUGACGCAGCCUGCAAUCAUGCUGGGGUUGGCAGGGCUGAGUGCUCAUGGCUCUGUGGGUGUCUCCGUGAAAGCCGUGGAUGUCACAGAUUCUGGCUUCAAAAUACACAUCACCAAUGUGGGCAACCACAGCCUGUCCAGUGUGAGGGUCUCCUGGAUUCUGUGCGCGUAGACCAAAACCUUUUGACGUGGCCUGUGGAGCAAGAAGUCAAUGCAUGGGGGUGCAGGCAACUGUAUGGAAGUGACUGUAGUUUUGCUUUGGUUUUUCCAUAACAUAGUUGUAAGGAGCCCUUCUGGGUAGGAUCCAAAUUAUAGCCCCUCUUAGGAGCUACCUGUUCUCCAAGAGUGGCAGGCAGCACAGCCCUAGACCUUGGUGAAGAUCGUACAAGUGCUAAUGGCAAAAGCUGAGGCUUAAACUUGCAAACAUAAGUCCUAAUAUAUGCUUAUCUGCAGGAGGUGUUUUGUGUGUGCAUUUACCCACUCUCCAUCUACAGGUGUAAGGACUGUUCAUGUAAAAGGUGCACACUGGUUAACUGGGGGGAAGCUGAGACCUGUGCCCAGCAAUUUAGUGAUGAAGCUCUUUCCUUUACAUUGUUUUUAUAUUCUCUAUAGCAAUGUUCCUGGAGUGUCUUGUUGCCACCUUAGGAUGCGACUCAGGGUUUGGUAUCUUUGUGCUUAAACUCAUUUGUGCAGUGACAGAGCUAACAGCUGGGUGGAGCCCAAAUACCAAAGGCUGACUCUUUCUACUGUUGCAGUGCCCUGGCUGAAUCCAUUUCUCCUGCUCAGCAGAGGGCACUCCUAGUCAGAGCUGUUGCCUUGUCAGCCCUGAGUCUCUCUGGAGAAGAGGUGGCUGGCCAUGCUAAGCUUUCUGAUGGUGUUUGUAAGUCGAUUUAAGAUCAUUGAUCCCCUUCUUUGUGCAGUGAAACAUGAAUGUAGACUAUGACAAAUGUCUCUCUUCUAAUUAUUGUGCAAUUUCCUUUUAGCCUCUGCAGAAAUAGAGUAUUAAACAAUUGCAAAAGGAGGCUAUGUCUUUUGGGCUGUAAAUAGCUUUUCCAGCCUCUUGAGCCAUUUGCAGCUACAUCUGUCUUUCAGGGAGAAGCAGGAGGGUAGCUGUCAUUGGAGCUCUUGGCUCUGUUAUUGGAGAAGAGCCUGCAAGGCAGGUUACAGCCUCCCUAUGAGAUACCUUGGAAGGACAGAAAGUGGUUCUUGAGUGCAAUGUUCCCUUUCACCCCAGUUUAAGGUUGGAAUGUCUUGUGGCAAUAACGGGAGUAAUCUCUACUAUCACAAGGUAACGUGUGGGCCUAAAGAAGUGGUAUCGGAGAAAAACCUGAGCAUUAGCCUGUUAACCUAUUUGUAGUACAUCCCUGCACUGAACAUUAGAAGUGGGGUAGCAGUUUCUCCUGGUUUGAAUGAAAACGGAGAGCCUUCCUCAAGGAUGACAGGUGAUCUGGGGCAAAAGGACUGGUCACUUCUAACUUGAUGCUAGGACUCUCUCUUUUGGGCUCUAGAGUAGAACUGCCUGCAUAAAUUGCCUUCAUUAUAUAUAUUAGACCAUUUAUAGUUGGGAGAGAUGUUAGAUGAGCUUUUGGACACGCACGCCCUUCAUCAGCUCUGGGAAAGAAGUAGAUACAAAGGGGAAUUCUAGGUAGAAGAAUUACUCUUGUUUAAUUCUAUCAUUCAGUGAAAUUGGUCACUUAAAAAAAGGUCACUUAAAAGCUGUGGAGAAAAAAAAGAAGUGGUUGGAAGGACCAGGAGGAGUUGGAGCUCUGAGUGGUGUGGUAUUUGACAGCCAAGGGUGGGUGGUCAGCCGGGUUAAUGCCCCGAGAUCAGCUUGAGCUGUGACAGCAGCUGCUUUGCAGACUCGAAGAGAAGCACUGACCCCUCAUAUAUCUAGCCCUCUGGAGUUGCCAGUGCAGAGAUACUGCCUGAGGACCUCGGUGAGGGGAGAAGGGUCAUGCAGAAUCAAGGCGGAAAGACCCCCUCCACCCCCCUUUUAGCUGUUUCCAUGUAGCUGAAGCAGUUCUAGGUUUUUCUGAUCUAGCAAGGAGCUCCUGCUUCAUGAUUUCUAUAGGCAGAGGACCUGCUGGUUGUGUCUUUUUUUCAGGAGUUGAUCCUGUGACUCAGUGGGAUAGACCUGGGGGUUUGUAGGCAGGUACUGGCACAGACCUAGCUGCUGCUUUGGGAAGGAGCAAGUGCUGAAUCGCAAAGUUCUUUGGAAGUGAAUUGGCACAAGCCAAAACUUCCUGGGGUGGAUCUCUGUUGGGAGGGAAGCAUUUGGCUUUGUUCCCAUCACAUGUUGCUCUAAACUGGUUUUCUGCUCGCACUGGGGAAAUGCUGUCCCUGAAAUGGCUGAGUGCUGCAGGUUGAGAUCGAACUGAUGGCUGAGCAUAGACUAAUCCUCAGUCAACACAACGUCUUCUGCUUUGUGCAUUGUUUGGUGGGAAAACACAACAGCUUGAAAAUGCAUUGCUCUCUAUUCCAUUUUCUUUUCCCUGGCUGCUUUGACACCUGGCUGCUCAGCCCCUUGGGUGGGACCUGCUGGCAACAGAAGCACCCACAUGAGUAAUGUGCUCUUCAGCUACAGGGUGCUGUUUCCUAAAGGCUAAAUACUCUAGUUUGUCACAAAGCAACCCCCUGUCCCUCCUGCCCUGCACCACCACUUAUUUGUGGGGAGUGUUGUAUUUAAUUUGCACAGAAUAUGACCCAAAGUUCUUGCUGUCUCAGUCAGCAGAUUCCCCUCUGUGUACUCAUCUGGGCUAAGAUCACACUUCAUCCCAUCCAUUGUUUUAAGGCCAAGAGCCUCACAAAGGUCUUGGCUAAAGCUUUCCAGUGUCUUUCCAGUGCUGAAUAAAAUGCAAGAAAUCUACAAGUUAGCUAAAGGCUUUGAAACUGUUCUGCUAAAUCAAGGAGCUUAAUCAGAGAGAGUUUGGGUGCAAGACUGAGUGUCAACUCCUUUUUUGAAGUGAGUGUCCUGUUUUAAUUUAGUCCAAGUCAGUAGAAACCACAACUGGCUGUGGAAGCACAGGUCCUGCAGACUGUGCCUAAACUAAAAGUUGCCCUAUCUAUACAUAAAGGCUGCUUGCAGAUGCUGGGGACCAAAAGCAGCAGUGCGUUAGUUGGACCUGGCUCUGCAGCAUCUCUAUAGAUUGGGCACUUCAGCUGAGCUGUUUGGCUCUUUUAGCUAAAGCUGAGUCAAUCAGCUAUUAGAAAAAAACGCCACUAAAGUGUCCAAUCUAUACAGUUGUUGGGUGAGCUGAGUCUGAGGUGCUGCCUCUUCUGGGCAUGCACAGGGCUCAGUGCGGGAAUGUGCUGAGUUUCAAGUAAAGUGCUGGUUUUGGGUUUUUUUUUCCCCAACAUCUGCAAGCAGCCACAGUUCCUACAGCUUAGUGUAAUAAGUGUGUUGAACUAAUUCACUGAUUCUCAACCAGCAUGCCCUGGACUUGCAGAGAGACUUCAAACCCAGAGACUUCAAAUAGGAAUCCAUAAUAUCAAAAACAUUUUGACCUGUUGUGGUCUUUCCGUGGUGUUGCAACAGAAGACUUGUUCUAUUGUUUUUUCUGUAGUCAAAGAAUGAGUGAAAACUAAGAGCUGGCAUUGCCUGAGGGGUGCCUCAGGUAUGAAAAAGUUGAGAACCACUGAACUAAUGCAACCUGUCUCUGUAGGAAAAUGCCAAGUUACUUUAGUGAAAAGUUUGUCUUUGCACAGUCAUCUUGAAUAGAGCCUAAAUUGUCUUCACGCUCUUAAAGUGGAUGCUUUUCUAUCGUAUGUUUGAUAGAAGCUAAAAUCAUAAGAUGAAUCAGUGGAAUUGGCAGCAGAAUAGGAGUUUCAAUCCUUUUUAUAUUUCUGCUGCAACCAGCUUUUGAGAGGUCCAGGAAACCUGGAAGUGAGCAGUGCUCUCUCAUUGGUCACAGAUGAUGUUUUCAUGCUCUUACUGCCUGUCUGUUCUUGCACCAUCGUCUUUACUUGGUCCCUUUCUAGACUGAACCCGGUACUAAUAGAACCGUACUCUGCAGGACUUCUCCAUCUGGAGAUCUCCAAGUACUUCCCACACUUCAGGUAUGUCAUUGAGUUACGCAGUGCUACAUCAUGUAGGGCUCCCACUUUUAGCUGGUGCUACUGCUGUCUGCACCCUUGACUCAACCAUGUUAAGUGACAGCACAGCAGUCAUGGUCUGAAGACUAUAACUAGUUUUCUCUUUUUAAGAGCUUGGUUUGUGUCUACUGUGUCAGUCUCAAGGGAGGCUUGUUCAGAGCUUGUCCAGUUCAAGUACUAGGUUUGACUUUGGUUCAGUAACAACUAGCUUCCCUUAAGUUUUUUCUUUGAUUGAGCUACUAACUGCAGUUCUAACUUUUACAACAAAUCUCCUUGAAUAGAGAAAUAAAAAACAGCUCCACUUCUUUGUGGGAGACAACGCCAUCAGAAAUCAGUCCUUCAGCUGCUGCUCCCCUAGAUAAAGGAUUGGCUUGCAGCCCUAACCAGGCCUAGUGCUUUGCUCCUCAGACUGUCACUUUUUAAACUACAAGAUCUGUUGAUGCGCACUGCUUUUAUAAAGAAUUGAAACUAGAUUACAGAUGUCAAGUGAAACCUAUGGGAUUGAAUAAUGGUUUAUUUUUUUCCCCAUUACUUGUUAACAGAGUUUCCUGCAGUGGGUUGUUUUGUUCAAAGAACAAAUGACCAAAGUUUUGUUGUUUGUUUAAUUACAGGGGAUUCUUGGCCAAUAUUAAUUUCACUUCUAGCAAAACAGAGACAGGAAGGGCCGCACCUGCAAGUGAACCACUGCAUCAUGAGCUCUGACAGACCUGGUAACCUUCUCUUAAGCUAAGAGGGAUGGAGUUGGCAAAGGUCACACAGCUCGAGCUACAGCCUUGGAAUGCCCUUUCUUGCAAUGAAGCAUCCCUCUUGUCUUCUCUUCUACCUACUCCUCAGCUUCCAGACCUGGCCCCCAGCUCCUCUCCAUGCAAAUCCUUUCCAGUGUCUUCCCCCAUGCUGUCUUCCUUCACAAUAGCUGUCUUGAUGCACCUUCCCUUCCGUCUGUUUCGACUGUCUUCCCCCCCAGAGUUUUAGACACCUUUCCCUGGAGUAAGUUCCACUCCUUGUAGCACAUGGGAGUCAUUAGAGGAGCAGCUGAUGGAAAGAGCUUCAGCCGAGUGACUAUGUUAGGAGAGUCUUUAUUUCUCAUGGGGUACUAGCACUAGUGCAUAGAUUAUGACAUUUCCUGUAUUGUAGGAUUAAAGUAGGGGGUCUCAGAAGAUCUUGACUUCACUUUGACCAAUAGCUGGGAUAGCAAGGGACAACCCAGUCUUGAGCAGGGGGCUGGACUAGAUAACUUCAUGAUGUCCCUUCCAGCCCUAUUGUUCUAUGAUCCAAUCUACCAUGUGCUGUUUAGUUUCUAUGGGUUUAUCUCACCUUGGUCCUGCCACCAGGUUGUUUGGGAAUGUCUGUAUAUUUCUGCUUGGGGCAACUCCAAGGGAUACGUUCGCAUCUCCUGAGCCACACAAGCCAACACGCCCUGAUUAGAUUAUUGUGGUUUUCUGCGCAUCUGAAGGGAUGGUUUCUCUGCACAGGAGGGAGAAGUAAAGGGAAGACUAGUUCCUCAAAGAGCUUUAGUGCGGAGGAACAGGAAACUUGAGCUGAGUCCUUCUAGGAACUAAGCCUUACGAUGCAUCCCUCUUGUGCUGUUAAUUACAGGCAUUAAAAAUAGGAAGUGGGAAUGAGUUGACUGCUGCUGAAGCAUGAGCUGGGUGGGGGUUAAUGUCAGGAGCUGGUGAACUAAGCCUAUCACAGGUCUUCUGUUCAGCCCCAAGUAUCAGUAUUGAUGUAUCCUUUGGAUCUUUGUCUCUUCAGUUACAGCUGCAUUAAGAUAUAGGUGAGUUAUAGAUAGACUCUGUCCCUACAGGCUGGCCUGUGUGCUGUAGGCUGACUCCCCCAGAUAUAUAUGCUAAGGGCUGGCCCGCAGAUUGUAGUCUGGGUAGCCCUGUGGACCUGGGGCUACAAGCAGUGGUGGCAGAACUUCGGGAUGCACAAGAAAUCUCUGGAGAUCUGUACCAAGCUGGGCCCAUCACUCCAGAGGGAAGCCACUAACAUAAAGGUGCUUGUGAGCAGGGAGAAGCAGGUUUCAGUUGCUAUCUGGAAGCUGGCAACCCUUGAUCUCCUCUGGUCUCCUGCCAACUAUCUUGGCAUGGGCAAACUUAUGGCUGGGUUGGCUUCUGUGACAUGUGGUACACCACCCAGAAGAGGCUGGUGGUACACUUCUGCCACAUUACCAACCUGUUGGAGAUCAUAGCCGGAACGGUCUUUCCAAAUUGCAUCAGGGCCAUCAGUGGCACCUGCAUUCCCAUCCUGUGCCCAGUGCACCAUAGCUCAGAGUACAUCAACCACAAAGGCAUCUUCUCUGGUAUGCUUCAGGGUGUCAUGGACCAUCUAAAAUGGUUCACCCAUGUUGCCCAUAGGUAAUUAGGCAAGGUCUAUGAUUCCAGGGUCUUUGGGCACUGUGGCUUGAUUCCCGUGAUGACACAGGAAGGAUUUGCCUGCAGCAUUCUCAGCAUGGAGGUGGAAGGGAUGACUGUCUCCUCAACCCUGCUGCUUGGGGAACCAGCAUACCUACACUGGACCCUUGGAUGCCAGGAGGGAACUGUUCGACUACUGCCUGAGCAGCUGCCAAAUCACUGUGGAGUGUGCCACUGAGGCACAGUGGAAGACGCUCCUGCAGCACCUGGACGCUGGCAAGUGGUUCCUGCCCCAGCCAGUUGUUUUGGUCCACAUCUUACACAACAUCUCUGAAGCCUCCUGAGCAUCACAGCUGCCAGGAUAUUCUCCAGAGGAAGACCCUGGCAGUCAACGUCCUGGGGGUGCCAGGCUGUGGGGUGGGAGGAGGGCACCGUUGCGUAAAGCCCAACUAGGUGCAAAGGACUACUCAUCUACUUGUUUUUAAAGCAAAGUAACUUUUUAUUAAACAUUUUAAACAUUCAAA